AUGUCCAGUCAAGCCCCCGCUGACGCUGCGGUUCCCGCCGAAUCGGCGGCCGCUCAAACCUUGCCUGACCGCACCCAGGCCCCCGCCGAUGCCGCUCCCCAGGCCCAGGGUGAGGUCUCCAAGAACGCCGCGAAGAAGGCUGCCAAGUUGGCCAAGCUGGCUGCCGACAAGGCGGAUAAGAAGGCCGAGAAGGCCGCCAACAAGGGUAUUGGCAAGCAGGAGGCUAAGAAGCCUGCUACCAAGGCCCCCAAGAAGAAGAUCGAGGGUGCCGCUCUCAUCGGUAUCGAUGUCUCCAAGGAGGAAGACUUCCCCAGUUGGUACCAGCAGGUCUUGACCAAGGGUGACAUGCUCGACUACUACGAUGUCUCCGGAUGCUUCAUCCUCAAGCCUGCUUCCUACUCGAUCUGGGAGGAAAUUCAGAACUGGUUCAAUGGACACAUCAAGAAGAUGGGUGUCAAGAACUGCUCCUUUCCUCUGUUCGUCUCUGAGGAUGUUCUCCAACGGGAGAAGGAUCACAUCGAGGGUUUCGCGGCCGAGGUCGCCUGGGUCACCCAUGCCGGUUCCACCCCUCUCGAGAAGAAGAUUGCCAUUCGUCCCACCUCUGAGACUGUCAUGUACCCCUACUACGCCAAGUGGAUCAGAAGUCACCGUGACCUUCCCCUGAAGCUGAACCAGUGGAACUCCGUCGUUCGUUGGGAGUUCAAGCACCCUCAGCCUUUCCUGAGAACCAGAGAAUUCUUGUGGCAGGAGGGUCACACUGCCCAUCUGACCCAGGACAAGGCCCAUGAGGAGGUCAUGCAGAUCCUCGAUCUUUACGCUCGCAUCUACGAGGAACUCUUGGCCGUCCCCGUCGUCAAGGGCCAGAAGACCGAGAAGGAGAAGUUCGCCGGUGGUCUCUACACCACCACUGUUGAAGGCUACAUCCCCGCCACUGGCCGUGGUAUCCAGGGUGGUACCUCCCACGGUCUUGGCCAGAACUUCAGUAAGAUGUUCGGCAUCACCGUCGAGGAUCCCUCUGCCAAGGGCGACGAAAAGAAGCCCCCCAUCCACGUCUGGCAGAACUCCUGGGGUCUGUCGACCCGUACUCUGGGUGUCAUGGUGAUGAUCCACAGUGACAACCGCGGUCUGGUCCUCCCUCCCCGCGUGGCCGAGACCCAGACCGUCAUCGUCCCCGUCGGUAUCACCGCCAAGACCACCGAUGAAGAGCGCAGCAAGCUCUAUGCCGAGAUUGACCGCCUGACCUCCGUCCUUCAGGAUGCCGGCGUCCGCGCCAUCUCCGACCUCCGUGAGGGCUACUCCCCUGGCUGGAAGUUCAAUGAGUGGGAGCUGCGUGGUGUGCCCGUCCGCAUCGAGUUCGGCCCCGGUGAGAUGGCUGGUGGCUUCGUGACCGCCGCCCGCCGUGAUGUCCCCGGCAAGGACGGCAAGGCCCCCAUCCAGAUUGCUGAGCUCGCGACCGCCGUGCCCGCUCUCCUCGAGACCAUCCAAAAGGACCUGUACAACCGCGCCGACAACGAGUACCGCUCGCACCGCAAGCUCAUCACCAACUGGGACGACUUCACACCCGCUCUCAACGACAAGAACAUCUGCAUCAUCCCCCACUGCUUGACCGAGGAGUGCGAGGACCAGAUCAAGGAGAUGAGCGCCCGCAAGGCUGAGGAGGACUCCGGCGAGGCUGAGGACGCCCGCGCCCCCAGCAUGGGCGCCAAGUCCCUGUGUAUUCCCUUCGACCAGCCCGAGGGUAUCGUCCCCGGAGAGACUAAGUGCACUAACCCCAAGUGUACCCGUUUCGCCGAGAAAUGGUGCAUGUUCGGCCGCUCCUACUAAGCAAGUCAACCCAUCAUAUCCUCAAAUCUUCUCUCUUCUAAGGUUCUUGCGACCAUGUGCGGACCCAGAAGUGGCUUUUAUUAUCUCCGAUUCUAUGUGCAUAUCCUCCAUCUUAUCUUCGUACUAUGACUGUUAUGACUUUGAUUUCCCUGCCAUUACAGUUUUCGUGUUGUGUGUCUGUGUGUGUCUGUAAGAACGUCCGGAGUGGUUUUAGGUGGGGUUUUUGGAGAAAGAGGCAAGAAAGCGUGUUGUUGGGGAAUUUUCUUUUUCUUUAUUUCAAGAAGAAUUUAAAGACGUUUCUAGAGAUCCUUGCCUUUGGCUUACAUGAGAUACCUUCCGAAUGCGCACUGUGCUAUCCGAACUUGAAGUGUGGAGAUGGCAGAAGAGGUUGACGGAUUCUUUCCUGUGGUCUACUUAACUGGUUUACGGGGAAUAUAAGAAAGGGGCAUAUACGGCUACUGUGGUAGACGGACAAAAUU